AUGGAAAAAGCCGACGUCUGGCCCUCGAAGAAGGCUGAAAAUGUGGAUCCAGAUAGGGUAAGAAUAUGGCCACGUAUGGAGCCCUUCCUCCUGGGUGCCCUCCAGGUGGCCCCCUCCUCCAAACUCGGCCUCCACUACCUACGCAAGAUGGCUACCUAUGUACGCACCCGUGAUGGCUGUUUCCCUUCGUUGGCCUGGCCCAUGUGGAAGCACAUUGCUUGUGGGAAGCUGCAGCUUGCAGAAGACCUGGCCUGGCUCUACUUCGAGACCUUUGACCUCUUUACUAGCCACUCACCUGCAGACAGACUUGAGUGGGCAGAGAGUCUUUCACAGUGUUCAAACAAAAGUGAGCUUGACCAGCAAAGAGGAAAGAUGUCCGUGGACACGCUGCAGUUCCUCCUCUUCCUCCACAUCCAACAGCUGAAUCGCGUGUCUCUGCGUAACUCUCUCAUUGGUGAAGAGUGGCCCAGCCAUCGCGCACAUUCUCCAUCUCCGUCGGAACGUGAGGCCAAGACCAACACUCAGAACAAGAAUUGGGACGACCAGGCCCACCUUUCCUUUACGCAGAGCCACUUGACGGAACUUCUGGAGCUGCUGGUGGAACCGGAUCAACUGUCUGAGUCAGGGAUAGCCCGGCGUGAUUGUCAGAUCUCCCUGGUGGCUGUGCGCAGCUUGGGCCUGCUCCUGGAGGGCUCAGUGCACCCAGGAAGCGCUGUCCAGCCUGUCCAUAGGUUGCUGAGUAAAGGUCCACUCCAAAUGCAUGCGGGCUACUCUUCCCUCAGCCAUUCUUUCCCACUCAACCAGCUUAUCUCCUGUCUUCAACACAACCUCACCCACAAUCCCUUUGGAAUAACGUCCUGCUUGCGCUCCGGGAAGAGGCUAGCCUGGGCACAACAAGUCGAGGGGGCCAUAAAGCGUGCCAAGAUAGCCCGAAACACUCACUUGGCUCCAGCGGGCAGCAAGAUGGUGCUCAUGUCUCAAGUGUGUAAGCAGACCCUGGCCAAGACCUCUGACAAAAUGACUGGAGCCAACAUUAAGAUCCACCGCUGUUCUGACGCCUACAUCUACCUCCUUUCGCCUCUCAGGUCUGUAAAUGUGGACAAGUGCAGAGAUUGCACAGUGAUUCUGGGUCCAGUGGAGACCAGCGUGCAUGUGCACUGUUGCCAGAAUGUGAAGGUAGUGUGCGUGGCGGGCAGACUCGUCGUCGGGGCCUCGUCGCGCUGCACGCUCCAUGCUCUGACUCCCACACGCCCGCUGCUCCUGCCGGGCAAUACCGACAUCACCCUGGGCCCCUUCCACACCUUCUACCCAUCCCUGGAGGACCACAUGGCCAGUGUGGGGCUGGCGGUGGUACCCAACUUGUGGGAUCAGCCCCUGCUGUUGGGGAAUGACCCAGUAAAGGCCUCCGCUAACCCAGACCUGACUUGCUACCGUCUCCUACCCCCGGAGGAGUUCCACAUGCUGGUGGUGCCUUUCCAUAUGGAGGGAGAUACGUGCGAGGUACCGGGGGAGUUGGCGCCCCGCUAUCAGGCAGCACUCGAUGACAAACAAAAGAGGAUACAAAGAUGGCAGAAGACAGUCAUGGAGGCUCAGCUGAACAAGGAGCAAAAAUGCAAGUUCCAGGAGCUUGUGGAGGCUAAGUUUCACACGUGGCUGCAGGAGACUGGACAUAGACAGGAAUUGGACAGCCUUAUCCCACCGUCCCUGCAGGUCUCGAACGGCGACCCAGUGGCUGAGACUUCAGUGAACAACGUCAAGUUUAUGAAGACAAGAGAGGCAAUGGCUUCACCAAUGGCUUUUUGA